UUUUCCGUUCGUGGCGAACACACGCGUUUUGCAGCGCAAAGCCGGCACUCGAAUUUCGAAUCUCUUGGCCGUUAGAAGUAGUUGGCCAAAGGCGAGAACUAACCAUCUGAGACUCAAACUCCGAGCGACAACAACAAGUGCCACUAACAAUUAACUGAAAAGUGAUCCCCCGCUUGUUGGCUUUUUGGCAGGUUUGUUUUUUGCCACAGGUGAUAUUUCGGUCGUGCCGGUUAGCUUAGUCCGACACCUUUAACGAUAUCCUAUAUCCGAUAUAGAUAAUAUAAUAUUCCAAUUCCUCCUCCGAAACCGACUCCGUGUGUUUAGUAACCCCCCUCCGAAAUCGCGCUAAUUGGCUUGAUUUUGGGUCCAAAACUAAAUAUCAAGUUUCAAUAUUUACCGUGUGUUCGCGAAAUCGGACAGUCUGUCACCUGCGGAAACCGAAAGAAAUCUAUAUACAAGCAUAUAUACAAAUAUAUUUUGGGCAUCGGGCCAACAUCGGUGGUGAAGUGAGCUUGGAAAGCAGGGAGUUCUGCCUAUUUGCAUUUCAAAUUGCUAGCGAACAUCUAAGAACGAUUCGCCGAUUCGGUUGCAAAGGACACUUGAGGACGUCUUAACGAAUAGCCCGUCAUCCGGUAGAGCGAUGUAAGAAGUGGCCAUAGCGAACAUAAUACAGAGCACAAUACAACCAGCUUCAUCUUACCCUCAAAAGUCGGGGAAAAAAUACCCGGCAUCAACAAUCAUCAAGCAGCAGGCAAGAGGAUGUGUGGCAGCCAUAAAAUGUGGUGCUGUCAAGUAUUUAUCUUAGCUUUAUUUGCUCACAUAAUUGCGGCGGAGUUCCACGGAAGUGCAGCUCGCGCCGAAAUCAACUUCGAAGGCCCCUCGCCUGCUCACAGUCAGGAUGCAGCAGCUCCAACUUCCAGGCCAAAGCGCCGUGUAUACGCCUUGUGUCCACCGAAAUUCCAUCGCGUGGGCACCGAUUGCUACUCGCUGGUCGAUCAGCGCAGCAGUUGGUUGGAGGCACACUUCUUCUGCAAGGACAAAAACGCCAAUCUCACAGAGCCGGGCAAACACGCCGACCGCAAGCUGAGACUUUUCCUUCAGAAACAGGAUGCCCUAUCAGGCGAAAAUGAUCCUAUCUGGUUAGGAGCCACCUAUGACCACCACAACAACCGAUGGCAGUGGAGCAUGAGUGGUCGCAAUCUGUCCACCGACUCCUUCAGCCGCACUGAUCCCGCCUAUGUGCAACUUAUCUCCAACAGCCAACCGCUGGAUAAUAACUGUGCCAUCUACGAUCCAAGCCUCAAGUACCGCUGGUCGGCGCGGCCCUGCUCGGAUAAGCUUCGCUUCAUAUGCCAGCACAAGAUGCCAAAGGUGAGCGGUCCCAAUCGCUACAAGAUCUACAACCGCUGGAACGCUACCUAUCCGAACGAGCAGGCCAACGAGGUGGUCCUGGAGAUCCUUGAACCGCGUGAAAACGAUCGCAGGUACCACCGGCGUGUCAAGGCCGAGGACAGCGACGAAGAGAUGAUUAUUCCCGACCGUCGACGCAAUAACAAUCGUCGCAACAACCACAGGAACCGUCAGAUCAAGAAUCAGAAUCAACAUCCCAACGAUGUGAACUACCAGCCAGCACAGCAACGCCAAAGGAAUCGUCCUCGUACUUCAACUGUUGCGCCAACUACUACGCAACCGGUUAGCCAGUCUAAUGAUGUCCUGGUUCCCUCACCCACGCCUCAGCAGAUGACCCAGUACGAUCGUAAAUUGCAACGCCAACGGGAAAGGGAACGUCGCCGACAGCUGCGUCGGCAGGAACGCCAGAAGUUGGCUCGGGAGCAAAAGCGCGAAAGGCAACGUCGCCUUAAGGAGGAACGCCAGCGAUUGCAGCGGGAGGAACAGCAGCGCCGGCAGCGAUUGCAGCACGAUGACCCCAAACCCCAAGUGAUCGAUGAACUGCGUCAGCGAUCUGGUGAGGAUCUGGAUAAGAAACAAAGGGACGAGCACGAACAGAAUCUAAGAAAUGAACAGGAAAAGAAACUAAGGGAAGAACAACAGAAGCAACGCGAUGAACAGGAACAAAGGAACAGGGAGGAGCAGGAUAGACUCAAACAGGAGGAGGACGAACACCAGGCUAGGAACCACCAGCAAGAGCUUAAGGAAAACCAAGAACAGCAACUCCGCGAACUUAAAGCUAAGCAGGAGCGAGAGAAGCAAGAACGGGAAUACCAGCAGCAAAAGCGUGAGCGCGAGCUCGAGCUACUGAAGCAACGGCAGGCUGAAGCAGACCGCCAGCACGCAGCCGACGAGGAAGCAGAGAAGCUACGGCUGGAGCGCAUCCAAAAGCAACGCGAACUGGAGGCACAACAGCGACGAGAGCGCGAAGAGCAGCGCCGCAAACAGCGCGAGGAACAGGAGGAACAGGAUCGCCAAAACCAUGCCAAGCGUCUGGCUGAAGAGAAGCGACUGCGUGAUCUGUAUGCAGAGCGCAUAAGGCUGGCCAAUUCCGAGCGGGAGAAGCAACUUGCCGAGGCCCAUGAAACCAAGCGACUUGAGGAGCUAAAGCUGAAAGAGCAGCUAAAGAAACAGGAGGACGAGCGACAGGAGCAGAUUCGACGCGAGCAGGAGGAGGAGGAAAAGCGCCUGGAACUGGAGAGGCUUGAGGAGGCUCGCCGCUUCGAGGAAAAGGAACUAAAGCGCCUGCACGAGGAAAACCAGCGGCGCGAGGAGCAGAAGCUCCAGCGCGAGCGGGAAAUAGCACUCCGCGAGGCCGCGGAGAAAAAAUUAGCUGAGGAGGAGGAAAUGCUGCGCAAGGAAGUGGCUGAAGAAGAACGCAAAGUGAAGCAGCGCCUGGAAGAUGACAUGCGACAGGCGGAAGAGGCGCGUAAAGCCAAGGAGGCGGAGGAACGGGCUGCCGAAGAGGCCAAGGCCGCCGAGCAGAAGCGACGCGUGGAGGCGGCCAAGAAGAAGGCCGACGAGGAAGUCAAGGCCAAGUUGGAGGAGAAGAGGCGUGAGUACGUGACUCGAAUCUCGGCGCUGAGUCCCGAGGACCAGAAGAAGUUUAUCGAGAUGCGCAAACGGCGCAAGCAGCUGAAGGAGAAAAAGGAACGUGACCAGCGGGCAAAGGAACUGAAGAGGAUACAGCAAGCCAUGCGAUUGGACGACAACGAGUAGAAGUCCAUAGAAGUCCUGGCGGCAGUCAAAUCACCCCGCACUAACCAAUACUAACCGAGACAUAUCGAUCACAAUUGGUUCCACAUACGCACAGUUGCCCAGUCGAUUCCUUUUCGAUUGUUUUCUUUGUGCUUUAAUUAAAACAAAACACAAGAUGAA